CUCUCGGCACAAUCCGGAAGGGGGGGCGACCAAAGAUAUAUAUGGUUGGGAGCUUUGAAUUUUCGACAUUCCAGUCUUGUGAUAUACCAGGCAAAGUGCAGCAAAAGUUGCGCUGUGCUAAUACAACAAAUUUUUAUAUUUUUUACUCGAAACAAAACUAAUUAACAAAUCAUCAUGUGUGACGAAGAAGUUGCCGCAUUGGUCGUAGACAAUGGAUCCGGUAUGUGCAAAGCGGGUUUCGCUGGGGACGACGCCCCUCGCGCGGUAUUUCCAUCGAUUGUUGGACGUCCAAGACAUCAAGGCGUUAUGGUCGGUAUGGGUCAAAAAGACUCGUACGUAGGCGACGAAGCUCAAAGCAAAAGAGGUAUCCUGACAUUGAAAUAUCCAAUUGAGCAUGGUAUCGUCACAAACUGGGAUGACAUGGAAAAGAUCUGGCACCACACCUUCUACAAUGAACUUCGUGUAGCCCCCGAAGAGCACCCCGUUCUUUUGACCGAAGCUCCCUUAAAUCCUAAAGCAAAUAGGGAAAAAAUGACUCAGAUCAUGUUUGAAACCUUCAACACGCCCGCCAUGUAUGUAGCCAUCCAAGCUGUACUGUCACUCUACGCUUCCGGUCGUACCACUGGUAUUGUUCUGGAUUCUGGAGAUGGUGUUUCUCACACUGUCCCAAUCUAUGAAGGUUACGCUCUUCCUCACGCCAUUCUGCGAUUGGACUUGGCUGGUCGUGACUUGACCGACUAUUUGAUGAAAAUCUUGACCGAACGCGGCUACUCUUUCACCACAACGGCUGAAAGGGAAAUCGUUCGUGACAUCAAGGAGAAGCUUUGCUAUGUAGCUUUGGACUUUGAACAAGAAAUGGCAACCGCCGCUAGCUCCAGCUCCUUGGAAAAGAGCUACGAACUUCCCGACGGUCAAGUCAUCACCAUCGGUAACGAGAGAUUCCGUUGCCCUGAAGCUCUUUUCCAGCCAAGCUUCUUGGGUAUGGAAGCGUGUGGCAUCCACGAAACUACCUACAACUCCAUCAUGAAGUGUGACGUCGACAUCCGUAAGGACUUGUAUGCCAACACUGUCCUUUCUGGAGGUACCACCAUGUACCCUGGUAUUGCCGAUCGCAUGCAGAAGGAAAUCACCGCACUGGCCCCUUCGACAAUGAAGAUCAAGAUUAUCGCUCCUCCGGAAAGGAAAUACUCAGUAUGGAUUGGCGGUUCCAUCCUCGCUUCCCUGUCCACAUUCCAACAGAUGUGGAUCUCGAAACAAGAAUACGACGAAUCUGGACCUUCCAUUGUACACAGGAAAUGCUUCUAAAUUAUUCCCAUUCUUUUUAUCGCCUGCAUUCCAUUAUUCCAUGCGUUCAAGUUUUUUUUUUGUAUUAUAUUUGCGAUAUUGGGGCCGCCGUGCGGCCAGAACUGCCAUGUUUUAAAUGGGAUCGAGUGUGACACCGUACAUGCACUAUAGGCCAAAGUAUUACUAUCGUAAUUUUUUUUUCUAAGUUACUACAUGUGCAGAAUAAGACUUUUUAUUAUUACUUUUAGGCUAAUAAUAUGAGGUAAAAUAAAAAAAAAUUGUAAAACUUUUAUUUGUACUUUAAUUUAUUUCCACCUUUUUGUAAUAAAAACGUUAUAUGAAGUUUA